ACAAAAAUUGAAAUCCAAACAGGUGAACCAAAAUUUACUCUCUACCGAUGGAAACAAGAAAGGGAAAAUUCUGCUUGUACAAUGUUCUUGCAACACUAUCAGUAUUAAUGAUGUUCUUCCAUCUUCACCAGCCCACUUCCCAGUUUGAAGUUUCUGCUGAAAAUGGACAAUGCAGUGAUCCCAUGUUGGAGAUGAGAAGUGAAAUUGUAGGUGAAGAAUUGUCAACGGAGUCUAGUCGGAGAAUUCUUCAGCCAACCAAAUACAUUAGUGUGGGAAUUCUCCGGGCAGAUCAAGCCAUCUGUGGAAAGGAUGCAAGAGGUAAUUCCUACAGUAAAAGUUGCCUGCCUCCAUCAUCCAAUGGAUAUUCCAGAGGGUGCUCCAGAAUCUACAAGUGCAGGAGUGAUUAAUUAGAUCUAUUGAAUUAAUUUCUCUUUUAGAAUUUCUAUUUCUUGUUUAAUAAUAAUUUGGUUAUUGUCUCUAUUAACUAGAGACCAUAAUCUAUUCGUAUACAUUUAAGGAGAAACUGAUUCACUACAGUGCAGUGAAUUGGAGGGUGAAAUUGUCUUUUAAUGCUAUAUAUAAUCAAUUAUUAUCCAUCCA